AUGAAACUUAAUCAUAUAAUUUAUUUGAUUAUAUUAUUUGUUAAUUUAUCUUAUCAGGCAAGAAUGAUGAAUAAAGUAUGUCCACAGAAUGCAACUUGGUCAGAUUGUACACCAAAAUGUUACAAAACUUGUGAAAAACCAAAUAGAGUAUGCCAAAAGGAUUGUAAUAAACCUGGAUGUGUGUGCAAAAAUUCGUAUGUUGUUAAAGAUAAGACUAAUUGUGUUUUAAAAGAUGAUUGCCCUAAUGUAGUAAGAACAACAAAAUUAAAUAUUAUAACUACUACUACUAUACCUAUUCCUAAAGAAUGUUUUGGUAAUAAAACUUUAGUUGCUAAUAUGCCUACAUGUACACCAAAAUGUCCUGGACUUCCAAAAGAUUUAUGUACAACAGAUAUUCUACCUCCAGGUUGUGCAUGUAUACCCCCAUAUGCUACAAAUGCUGAAGGUAAUUGUAUAUUAAGAACUGAUUGUCCACUUAGAAGUUAUCCAACAACUACUCCUACACCACCAAAUCCAUGUAAAGCACCUUGGUUGUUGGUUGAAUGUAGAUCAGCCUGUCCACCAACAUGUUCUGAAAGUAGACAAAGUGAUUGUUUAAGAUUUUGUCUUCCUAAAGGAUGUGCAUGUGUUGAUCCAUAUGCUUUAACUAGUAAAGGAGAAUGUGUCCGAAGAAGUGAAUGUCCAAGAGAAAGUAAUAAUAUAAGUAAAGAAAAAGAUAUCGUUAAAAAUGCAGAAUGUCCAGAAAAUAUGGAAUAUGUGUCAGGAAAAGAUAGUUGUGAAAGAAAAUGUGGUGUACCAGCAAAUUAUUCAACAUGUAUGAAAGUGAGUAGAGGAUCAACUUGUGAAUGUAGGUAUCCAUUUGCACUUAAUAAAAAUAAUCAAUGUGUUCAUGAAAGUCAAUGCUAA